AUGAGCACUCUUCAGAUCGUGGAUGUCCGAUUCCAUGACAAGCCGUCUCCGGAUUCCACUGGUUCCGAUGCUAGCAUCCAGGCGCAGAUCAUCAGAGGACUAAUGGCUCCCGCGGAUGAGAAGACCUUGCCCACCGUGAUUCUCUAUGAUGAGCGCGGAUUGAGGUUAUACGACAAUAUCACCACUAAAGCUCCGGAAUAUUAUCUGUUUGGCGCAGAGGAGCAAAUUCUCCAAGACCACGCGGGCCAAAUCGUGGAUGUUAUGCACCAGCAUACUGGAGGCGUUAUUUCAGGGGAGGUCAUACUUGAGCUCGGCGCUGGCGCACUACGGAAGACUUCCCAUAUCCUACACGCGCUUGCCAAUCUCGUUCCUAUCGCCCCACCUGUUGCCCCCAUAACAUACUACGCUCUUGAUCUUGAAGAACGUGAACUCAACCGUACUUUGAUGGGGCUCCGCGAGUCUGCAGUUGGUUCCAUGCUUGUCGGAAAGGUCGAGGCGAAGGGGAUGCUUGGAACAUACGAUACCGGGAUCAAAUUCAUUGAGGAAGGUGGUCUUCAAGAAUCUGCCGUUGCGGAUGGCGCGUUGCCACUCUCCUUGGAGUGUUACAAACUCGAUAGUACUCGCAGGGACUCCUCUCCAACCUCGACGCGCUCUUCUUUUCCCGAUUCGUCAGACACUGAGAUGACAUCUCCGUCUACACCAGGCGGUUUUCAACUUCCCUUACACUUGCUCUUCCUUGGCUCCUCGCUAGGCAAUUUCAAGCGCGGAGAAGACGCUGAGUUUCUGCGUGCGUUGCCAUUGGAGCCCGGCAAGGAUACCCUUCUUCUCGGCUUAGAUCAUGAUAAUGGUCGCGAUGAGAUUGAACUGGCGUACAAUGAUCCUCAGGGUCAUACUCGAGAUUUCAUAUUAAACGGUUUGAAAGUCGCCGGGAGGGCACUCGGAGAUGAAUCCAUGUUCGCGGAAGAGAAUUGGGAAUAUGUGAAUACCUACAACGAAGCCAAACGUCGUCAUGAAGCGUACUAUAGAUGCAUUCAGACGCAUGAUAUCAACCCCCCGAUGGCGUCCAAGCCAAUCCAAUUUUUGAAGGGUGAACUUGUCAACAUGGAAAUCUCGCACAAAUUCUCGGAAAGUGAUGCAUACACGCUAUUCACUGAGGCCAAUCUGCGGCCUAUCCAGCGAUGGACGGAUAACACGGGACGCUAUUCGCUUUGGCUCUUAGAACGUCCGGCAUUCGUAUUUCCGUUGCUUGACUCGCCCUCGGUGGUGUCUGGCCACACUACCAAGUUCGGCAUUCCCUCAAUAGAAGACUGGAGCAAAUUGUGGACUGUUUGGGACUUCAUCACGUUGCGGAUGAUACCUCCUGCGAUGCUUCUUCAGAAGCCAAUUGAUUUGAGACAUAUAUGUCUGUUCUAUCUUGGUCACAUCCCAACCUUUCUUGACAUCCAUUUAUCUCGUCUACUUGACGAACCUCAUACCGAUCCUCAGGAAUUCAUGCACAUCUUUGAGAGAGGCAUUGACCCAAAAGUUGAUGACCCGACCCAAUGCCAUCCUCAUUCAGUGGUUCCCACGAAAGACGAGGAUUGGCCCUCACUUCACAGCAUUUUGAACUUCCAAAGUUGUGUCAGGGAGCGCGUUAGGAAGCUUUACAGCGAUAUUGCUGAAGGCAAGAUUCCCUUGACUAGGAAGGUGGCUCGUGUCUUGUUCAUGACGUUCGAGCAUGAAGGUUUGCAUGCCGAGACGCUCUUGUAUAUGCUACUCCAGCGCGCAGGGACAGGAACGAUUCCCCCACUCGAUUUUUCUCCCCCUCACUGGGAGUCUCUCACAGCGCAGUGGCAAGCAGCACCCAAGCCAGUCGCACCAGCCGUUGAGAUAGGCCCUUCAACUGUUACGCUUGGAAUUGACGACAUUGAAGAAGAAGAUACCGACCCUGCGAAACGCUAUGACGUCGCUGGUCAUACCUUUGGGUGGGAUAAUGAGAGCCCAAGUAGACUGGUCGAAGUCAAAGCGUUCCGCAUUGAAUGGCGGCCGGUGACCAAUGGGGAAUUUUACGAGUUUUACAAGGGGGCUGGGCAAGGUAAAGUCAAAUUCCCCGCGAGUUGGGAAGAUCAUAAUGGAGACAUCCGUGUGCGGACACUAUACGGUCCAAUUCCCAUCAAGAUCGCCUGGGAUUGGCCGGUCCUUACUUGCUACGAUAAUCUUUCAGUGUAUGCGAGUGUCAAAGGCGGACGCAUCCCGACUGAACCGGAACUGAGAGUCUUCCUCGACGAAUUCUCUUCUGGGUACGCAGGGGGCACUAACGUCGGAUUUAGGAACUGGUAUCCCGUUCCUGCCACUACCGGCGGAUCCAAGCAUGGUGGGAAGGGACACAAUGGAGGGGUGUGGGAGUGGACUUCUACUGUCCUUGACAGAUAUGAUGGCUACGUACCAUCGACGUUGUAUCCGGGGUAUUCUUCUGAUUUCUUCGACCAGUCUCAUCAAGUGGUGAUCGGGGGAUCAUACGCGACCAUUCCCCGUAUUGCCGAAAGGAGGAGCGUACGCAAUUGGUACCAACGCAACUACCCCUACUCUUGGACGGGCGCAAGAGUUGCUUACGACGUGUGAG